GGCCUCACUGGAGCGGAGGACCCCUCUCUGGGUACCAGGCGAGCGCGUCCGGCCUGUGCCCAGGCUACCACGGCGGAGCUGUGUUUCUGAUCGAGUCUGUCUCUCUGUUUUUCCGUCCCUUCCCGGUCCAUUUGUCUGUCUCUCUCCUUAGAUCCUCCGUCUCUCUCUUUCUCUUCGCCCCUCUUCUUGCUCUCUCCGGGCCCUGACGACCCCGCCGCCCCCUCUCGACCUCUGUCUCGCUCCUCCUGCUCCUGCGCCCCGUCACUCCAUCUCUAAUUCUCCCUCCAGUAUCGGAUUCCUCCCUGGGGUCCCGCUGGGUCCCCGCCGUCCCUCCCUCGCCUCUGACCAGCCCCCCCGGGGUCUCCCUCUAGUUCUCACCUCCUGCUUUCCCGCCUCCCCUCCGGUCCCUUUCUCCCUCCGGGGAUCUGAGUCUGCCUCGAGGCCCAGCCGUCCCUCCCGGCCACCCUUCCCCGCCAGGGCCGAGCCCUCCCCUCUCGCCCCCUCCCGCGGGCGGGGGGCGGGGCCGUGACGCGCGGGGCGGAGGCAGGAAAGCGGAGCUGACGCCUCGGCGGCGUCCCGCGGCCCCGGCCUUUUGUGCGGGCAGAGGGCGGCGGGGUUGGGCGGGGGUGGGGGGCACGGCAGCCAAAGAAGGAGAGGCGGCUGACCGGCGGGGACGCCUAACGCCUCCCAGCCCUGCACAGCCCGGCCCGGCCCUGCCCUGCGGCUGGGCGCGCCCGCCGCGCCGCAUCCAUGUUCGACACAACCCCCCACUCUGGCCGGAGCACGCCAAGCAGCUCUCCAUCCCUCCGUAAGCGCCUACAGCUCUUGCCCCCAAGCCGACCCCCGCCUGAGCCGGAACCGGGCACCAUGGUGGAGAAGGGGUCGGAUAGCUCCUCAGAGAAGGGUGGGGUGCCCGGGACACCCAGCACCCAGAGCCUGGGCAGCCGGAACUUCAUCCGCAACAGCAAGAAGAUGCAGAGCUGGUACAGUAUGCUGAGCCCCACGUACAAACAGCGGAACGAGGACUUCCGGAAACUGUUCAGCAAACUCCCUGAAGCAGAACGCCUCAUUGUGGAUUACUCCUGUGCCUUGCAGCGUGAGAUCCUCCUCCAGGGCCGCCUCUAUCUCUCCGAGAACUGGAUCUGCUUCUACAGCAACAUCUUCCGCUGGGAGACAACCAUCUCCAUCCAGUUGAAGGAAGUGACGUGUCUGAAGAAGGAAAAGACGGCCAAGCUGAUCCCCAAUGCCAUCCAGAUCUGCACGGAGAACGAGAAGCAUUUCUUCACCUCCUUUGGGGCCCGAGAUCGCUGCUUCCUCCUCAUCUUCCGCCUCUGGCAGAACGCGCUGCUUGAAAAGACGCUGAGUCCCCGCGAGCUCUGGCAUCUGGUGCAUCAGUGCUACGGCUCAGAGCUGGGUCUCACCAGCGAGGAUGAGGACUAUGUCUGCCCCUUGCAGCUGAAUGGCCUAGGGAGCCCGAAGGAUGUGGGCGAUGUAAUCGCCCUGAGCGACAUCACCCCCUCGGGGGCAGCUGACCACAGCCAGGAGCCGAGCCCCGCAGGUUCACGCCGUGGCCGCAUCACCCCCAACCUGUCCCGGGCCAGCAGUGAUGCAGACCAUGGGGCAGAGGAGGACAAGGAGGAGCAGACAGACAGUCAGCCAGACGCCUCCUCCAGCCAGACAGUGACCCCGGUGGCUGAACCCCCGAGCACAGAGCCCACCUCACCUGACGGGCCCACCUCCCUGGGUCCCUUGGAUCUGCUGCCCAGUGAGGAACUAUUGACGGACACGAGUAACUCCUCCUCAUCCACGGGGGAGGAAGCCGACCUGGCGGCCCUGCUGCCUGACCUCUCCGGCCGUCUCCUCAUCAACUCCGUCUUCCACGUGGGUGCCGAGCGACUCCAGCAGAUGCUCUUCUCAGACUCGUCCUUCCUGCAGGACUUCCUGCAGCAGUGCAAGUUCACAGACGUGACCUUGAGCCCCUGGAGCGGGGACAGCAAGUGCCACCAGCGCCGAGUGCUGACCUACACCAUUCCCAUCAGCAACCCGCUGGGGCCCAAGAGCGCCUCUGUGGUGGAGACACAGACGCUGUUCCGGCGCGGCCCCCAGGCGGGAGGGUGUGUGGUGGACUCCGAGGUGCUGACGCAGGGCAUCCCUUACCAAGACUACUUCUACACUGCCCACCGCUACUGCAUCCUGGGCCUCGCCCGGAACAAGGCCCGCCUCCGAGUGUCCUCCGAGAUCCGCUACCGGAAGCAGCCCUGGAGCCUCGUGAAGUCCCUCAUUGAGAAGAACUCGUGGAGCGGCAUCGAGGAUUACUUCCACCACCUGGAGCGAGAGCUCGCCAAGGCUGAGAAGCUGUCCCUGGAGGAAGGCGGGAAGGACGCGCGGGGCUUGCUGUCCAGCCUGCGCCGGCGGAAGCGGCCUCUGAGCUGGAGGGCUCACGGUGAUGGGACCCCGCACCCGGACCCUGACCCCUGUGCCCGGACUGGCAUGCACACCUCGGGCUCCCUCAGCUCCCGCUUCUCAGAACCGUCUGUGGACCAGGGCCCCGGGGCGGGCACCCCCAGCGCCCUGGUUCUCAUCAGCAUUGUGAUCUGUGUGAGCCUCAUCGUCCUCAUUGCCCUCAACGUCCUCCUCUUUUACCGCCUCUGGUCCCUGGAGAGGACAGCUCACACUUUUGAGUCCUGGCACAGUCUGGCCCUGGCCAAGGGUAAGUUCCCCCAGACGGCCACGGAGUGGGCGGAGAUCCUGGCCCUGCAGAAGCAGUUCCACAGCGUCGAGGUACACAAGUGGAGGCAGAUCCUGCGGGCUUCCGUGGAGCUCCUGGACGAGAUGAAGUUCUCACUGGAGAAGCUACAUCAAGGCAUCACCGUCUCAGACCCUCCCUUCGACUCCCAGCCACAGCCUGACGACAGCUUCUCCUGAGGACACACGGCCAUCCUCCUAAAUGGACAGACAGACACAGAGGCUCGGUGGCCACUGCUGGCACAGUGUGAGCACCGGGAGCCUCCCGCCCACCCCUCCCGGUGGCCUGGCCAGGGGCCACACAGACACGGGGACCACAGAACCGAGAUGCACUUUAGACCAGCGUGUGCGAGUCCAGCUGCCGUCACCUGCCCUGCCAGGGAGCUGGCCCGGCCUUUGGCAGGCCCCCCACUAACUUAUUGUGCCCGUCUGGGGUUGUGGGGGUGCCUCCUGGGGUGCACGAUUCCCUCAGCUCUGGGUUUAAUGUAUUAUAUUUAUUUGGGGCUGACAGAGCCCCAAUAAAAGGUUGGAAAUGAC